AAGGAGAAUAAUCAUCGCAAGUGGUUAGGAUAGAAACCCCUCAAAGUCCAUAUAUAUCUUAUAGAACCGAACCGGUCAGAUUCUUCCUUCAGUUCAGCAGAACUAGAAAAUGGUUACAUUUACGUACCUCCAAAUCUAAUAUUACACAAUAAUUUCCAAACUUUCAGAGAUACCCUUUUCUCUAUUUAAUUCAUCUUCCUUUUUUCGUUUCUACUAUUUUCCAACAAUAUACAAAAAUUCCUUUGCACCUUCUUUUGUUUCAACCUUUUCUGAUUUUGAAAGUGAACCUGUUUUCAGUUAUGUGUUCUCAAACAUCUUCACCUCGUUUUUCUUUCUCCAAUGAUGUUUCACCAAUGAAACAUGAUGUUGUUUCUUGUAGAGACACACUGCUUCUUGAAUCAAAUACUGAUUUUGAAUUCAUCACUAGCAAAAACAUUGAAUUUGGAACAUCUUCAGCUGAUGAACUUUUCUCUAAUGGAGUUAUACUUCCAUUGCAGAUACAUGACAAGAAAAACAACACUGCGUCUUAUAAGGAACAACCUAGAUAUAUGAAUCUUCCGCCUCGACCAUUUUCGACUAAAACAAAGAAAGAGAUCAACAAAGAAGUUCAAGAAACAAAUACUCGAUCUAGUUCUUUUAUAGGAUUCAAAAAAAGCAAAAGUCUCAAUUGUGAUACAAAUAAAAAUUUUGUAUGUUUUUCUCCUCCUUUGUCACGAAGCAACUCAACCGGUUCAGCGCCAAAUCUAAAGAGAACGAGUUCGAAUAGACAACAGUCAUCACUAUCUUCAUCAUGUUCUACCUUAAAUAAUUUGUAUCCUGUGCAGAAGUCUUGUUCAGGUAAGAGUUAUGGUAAUGGCCUAAGGUUUAGUCCUGUUUUGAAUGUACCAACUCCUUGUUUUUCGAAAGGAAGUUUAAGUUUAUUUGGGUUCGGUUCAUUUUUGCGUGUUGGGAAGGCUAAGAAGAAUAGUAAUUGAUUAUUUCAAAAAUGAUAUCAAUGUUUUCAAUAGUACCAAUUCCACAAAAAAAUAUAUGUAGUACCAACAUUUUAUAUUGAAGACGUGUCGUGCUGGACAUCAAACAUGUGUAGUUACAUUUUUUAUUUUAUUUUACUUUUUUGAAUUAUUAUCAAUGUUAAUGGACAAUGGUUAAUCCUAAUUUAUCAUAA